AACCACAUGCAGCAGCGCCGAGAUAGCAGCCGGAUGACUGGGCCAUGGCCGGCCACUACGAACCUCCUGCUCCGUCCUACUCUAUGGUGAUUCUGUCUUCUUUGACCCCGUUGCAUCCAUCCGUGGCCAUGCUCCUCCUCUCGUCGCGACUUCCCUGCUGAGCUUCUCGUCUGAUAUGCGCCCGACUUGUAUCUAAACCCCGCUAUACAUAAUACUUUCCCUUGUCCUUGAAUUCUCGACUUUUCCCUGAACGUCUGUGCAUCGCCCGCCAUCUCCCGCCAUGUCGUCGAACCUACCAUCCCACGCCUCCCCCUCCUUCACCGCGCAGGCCUCCUCCUCCCACCCUGUGGAUGAGAUUUCCCUUGGGGCAGAUCAAACAGCGCCCCUGCCAUUGAACACCCGGGUGGACGAUCUUCGUGGCGAUGCCGCCACCCAGUCCGACAGUGUAGAUAGCGACCGGGGCGACGUGACCCCCGCCGUACCUGCGUCGUUGCUAUCGCCAUCCUUUACCCCGCCAGCUACCCCAGGAGGCACCUUCAACACGGCAAAUCUACUCCAGCAAACCCAAGAGUCCACACAUACGAAGCCUCCCAAACUCCUUGCCUGUCUCCCGAACGUCGAAUGCAUCGUCCGCGCCCGCAUCCCCACCACCAACGGUGCCGAGAUGUUCCUCCACCUCUACCUCAACGACCUAGAUAAUAAAGAACACCUGGCUAUUGUUUUUGGGAACACGAUCCGAAGUCGCAGUCUGGACAAGGUUCGCCCAGGGGAGACGGAAAUGGAUCGGAUGAUUCGUGGAGCUUACGUGGGCACACUGCACCCCGGUCGCGUGAGUAGUUGGUACGACAGCGCGAAUGCUGAGGGAACAACCGGGGCGCAGAGUAGCAGCGGUACUACCGACGACGGUCCCGUAUCGCAACAGUCGACAUUGACGCGGAGUUCGCCGAGUCAAGCGCCACUGGUGAGGAUACACUCCGAGUGCUAUACUGGAGAGACCGCCUGGUCUGCGCGCUGCGAUUGCGGUGAACAACUCGACGAGGCAGCGAGACUGAUGUCUUUCCCCAUGGAGACCCUGGCGGAAAUUGCAUCCCAGCAGGCGGUGUCUGUUCCCUCCAAUGCAUCGGGUGGCGUCAUCGUCUACCUACGCCAAGAAGGUCGCGGGAUUGGCCUGGGAGAAAAGCUAAAGGCUUACAACUUGCAAGAUCUUGGGUCAGACACCGUGGAAGCCAACUUGCUCCUGCGACACCCGGCCGACGCUAGAAGUUACGGUUUGGCUACCGCGAUGUUGGUCGAUCUUGGCCUGGGCGAGGACUCCAAUCCCCAUGGAAUCAGACUGCUCACCAACAACCCAGACAAGGUUCGGGCCAUUGAAGGACCGGGUCGGGAGGUAGUGGUCAAAGAGCGAGUGCCAAUGAUACCAAUAGCAUGGAGGUCGGGCGGAAAGAAGGGCAUCAACAGUUCGGAAAUUGAGGGUUAUCUGAGGACAAAAAUCGCCAAAAUGGGACACAUGAUUGAGUGAAUUAGAUCGCCUCCCCCCUUUUUCUGUUACACUUGAUUUCUUUUGCACUUGUCAUUAUAGCCGUUUAUCUGCCCGGUAUACUAUGUAUGAAUGGCCUCGCGCGCCGGGGCCGGGUACCUAGUAAUGUACAGCACUGCCGCGUCAUGACGCUAUCCUACCUUCCCGCUCAUGGAAUAGCGAGGUUUCUUUUUUUUUUUCUCCUUCCCCCUUUCCUGUACUUGUGUUCUCGGGGGGUUGGAAACCGGAGUGAAAAGGCAUUGAGACUCGUGUACAUCAUCAAUUGCCCGGUUGGUCGUUGGGCAUCCAUCCAUGGGGUGGGAAAAUAAAAGGGUCGCAGGGAUUCGGUGUAAGGGCAGGUUAACUUCAUUAUCCGAGUUGCGCCACAGAUAGACCAAUGAGACGAUUCAUGAGCCGUCGU